CUCUUUAUAUUUUUUGAGUUUUGCAAAAAUUUAGAUUUUGUAUUAUAUGUGAGGAGGCUGCUUCUGUAGAGCCACAACAGAGUGAAUGGUCUUCACUGUUGUUCGAACUCCCUGAUGAAAAUGUCAAGCGACUUAACUAUGAACUAGGGCUUUAUACUCCAGACAGCGGUGAAAUUUGCCCAAAAUAUGUUGCUCUCUCAGCAAGUUCUGUAUUUCGUCACCCAUAUUAUACAUAUCCUGCAGUUCUCGAUCCAGGAGUUGAAGAUGCACUCUUCAAGCCAGAACCUGAAGUUUUAUAUCCUGACGACGGACAAAAUCUGUACAUUGCGCUGUGUGAUGAAAUCAAUCUAUGUCCUAUACAAAGCUUCCACCGCCAAUUACUCACUGGUAAAAUUGAUUUAAGGUAUUAUGGGAUACACACUCAUGGUUUUCGUCCCAUUGCGUUAUCACUAGAACAUAAUACUCAUGUCACUGUGUUGGACUUGACCGACAAUUGGAUAAACGAAGAUGGCUGUUACCACUUAGGUUGUAUGUUGGCAGAAAAUAUAACUCUGCUGGAAAUAAAUUUAUGUGGUUGUUGUAUUGGACCUUUAGGAGCGAAACGAAUCUAUGCCAAGCUGCAUUUAAAUAAAACUCUCCGGACUCUUAACCUUUCAAGAAAUGCCUUAGGUGAUGAAGGAGUUGAAUAUUUAGCAAAGUCAAUAUUUUUAGGGGCUAAUAUAACAAAUAUAAACUUAAGUUCCAACAAUUUAGGUCCCGCAGCCGUUACAGCACUUAAUAUAGCUCUCGAAACUCGUAAUAAAUUAACUCAUUUGGAUUUAUCGCGCAAUACAAUUAUUUCUCCUAAUGUCAUUUAUAACCUUUGUCAGAGAUUGUCUGAAAAUAAGUCCUUCAAAGAUAUAAAUUUAUCGUGGACAGCAUUGAAAGGAAGAGCAGUUGGGAUUGCAAUAAAAGUGCUAUUCAAAAAUGAAAAUCUAUGUCAUGUUAAUUUAAGUAAUAACCGAUUUUCAACUGAUGCUAUAAAACCUAUGCUGAAUGGAUUACCGAAAGCUAAAAGACUGGUCACCUUGGAUCUGUCCUUCAACCCCUUGACACCAGAUGAUGCGUACGCCUUGCUUGAAUUUUUGAAAAGUCCCGAACUAAAAUUACGAAACCUUCUGCUUGACAACGUUCCAGUGAAGCCAGAAUUCUUAAAUUUACGCAAUGAAAUUCUUUCCUUGAGCUUUCGUAAAAAAGCUGUUAUCACUUUUGGAGACGUCAAAUCUAAAUUCUUACCCACAAUAAGUGACUUCAAACUAAUACUAUUCAAAAGAAUGGACGCUUUGUGUAAAACGAUGAAGAAACAUCAUGUCGACAUUGCCCUGCUGAUACUCCAGCUCUACAAAGAAAACGGUGAUAGUAUGGAUAGUAAGAAAUUUGCAAAGAGUCUUAGAGUUAUACCAGUAGACAAAGAAUUUAUCGAGACUAUGAUAAAUUCUUUUAAAGGUGUUGUUACUGAGAAAAGUACUACUGUAAAGUUAAAUGACAUGGUUGAUUAUUUGAAACGUUUAUGGCCGGAGAGACAACUGCCACCGAGCCCGGCAACCAUAGAAUCUGCUGGAAAGUCCGCGCGACGACAAAAAUAAUUUGGCGUCUUUUUCUAACAAUUUUUUAAUAUGAAGUAUAGAAUUUCGGAUAUUAUUUUUAUUCUUAUAUAACUUAUUAUUUUUAAUAAUAAAUGUUUAAAUGUAAU